GAUACAUGUAAAAUAAAGCUUGUGUUUUUUUUCCAAAUGCAUCAAUUGUGUUUUAUACUCUUUAUUACCUGGAAACCUAACCUCCCACAAACUGUGAUCGAUAAAACAACCCCCCGGCGUUCCAGCAACUAUAUUAAUUAAAUUGGACGGGAAACUGUCAGCUUUACGAUCGAGGCGAUUUAAACGAGAGAGUGCCUUAUUCCUUAAGAUAAUUAUAAAAAGAGAAAAGCAUGGACGAGCUGAGUUUAUCGAGUCCGGAGGAUGAAAAGCGAAUUUCGAGAAGCGAGGAGGACCGUUCGUUCGACGAAGUAAUCGGGCACAUCGAGGAUUUGUUGUUAGGUACAAAAUUAUUUUACGGAAAAGCCCUGCAGCACAAAUUUUUAGAAAAGUACUGGGACGUCUUCGAACCGGUAGAAGACAACAAAUUAGUUUACACCGAUAUAUUCAACGAAUACAAUAAAGCUGUGGAGGCAUACAUCGUGGAUUAUCUGAAGAACGUCAUGCCGCAGUUCACAGUAGACACCCUUUUACACCAAUUAAACGAAAAGCAAACAGAGCUGGAAGGCGAAGUCUUUGAGGUAUUGUCAACGAUAACGGACUUCCUGGCUUUUAAAGAAAUGUUUCUGGAUUACAGAGCGGUGAAAGAAGGUAAGGUCGCUGAUCUCAGCUGUGGAAUAUCCGUAACGUCUCUGAAAUCCUGUAAUACAGAAGACAGCAAGGAUUCAAGAUAAUACAGAUAAUUUUAGCACCGAGAUAGUCUCUUAGAUGAAAGCUGGAAGACAAAAUACAUGAAUAAGAGGCACGAAAUGUGAUGUAAAAAAAUCAGAAAUAUUACUCUUUGUGUUCAGUGAAUUAUGUAAUUACAAAAAUCUGUAUUCAGUAUAUCACGUACAUUUACAAAUAAGAAUAUAAAAAUAAUUCGAG